AUGAGACGCUCCUUUCUUCUUCUUCGAGCAAAAAAUCUUCGCGCCGCCGAGAGAAACAGCCAGAGAGAGAGCGAGAUGGGGAAGAAAUCGAAGACUUCAAGGAAAGGGAAAAAAGCAUGGAGAGCUAACAUAAGCACCGAAGACAUUGAAGAUUUCUUCGAGAAAACCACCAAAGACGCUCUCUCCGGUGGCAAUCUCUCCGCCGCUCCAAGCGAGGACCUCUUCCGCGUCGAUAAAUCUCAUGACCUUCCGGUGAAACGAAAGAUUGAGAAACAUAGAGAGAGAUUGCUUCGUUGCGACAGUGUUUUGAAGAAAAACCCAUUUGUCCAGUCAGUGUCGUCUUCGAAGCCAAAGUCAAAGAUUAGUAAGAAGACGAUCGUUGCAGAUAGCAAAACACCUAAACAAGCCUCAAAGAAUGUUGGUGACGAUUCUGUAAUGGUGGACUUGUGGGGUGAUGAUAGUGAAGGUUGGUUUGAUGAAAAUAACUCUACUUUAUUCUCAGUUCUUUUGGGAGAACGUGAGAGCAAACCUAGAAAGGUUUCGAAAAUGACUUCGACUAUUCCCGCAGUAGAAGUUGAUCAUGAAGGUUGCUCAUACAACCCAACUCCUGAAAGUCACGAGGAUAUGUUGGCUGCAGCCGUUGCUCAAGAAAUGCAGAAAGUUUACAAAACUGAGUUAGGGCCUGAGCCAGUUCCUUUGACUAUUGACAGCGACGCAAUCAUUGAAGACGAGGCGGGUCUUUUGAGUGUGUGUAAUAGAAUAAUUAAUGGAAAGACGACUUACUUUCUUGGAGUGGACAAUGCUAGUGAAGGCGAAGACGACGCAGACGUUGAAAAUGAAGGGUCUGAGGCUGGAAAUAAAAUCGCAAGAACAACAAAGAGGGUAACACGCGUGAUAAUGAAUAAGCGUUCCAGACAAAAGGCACUGCGAAAGAAGGAGAUAAAGGAGAAGUAUGAACAGAAGCUAUCAACCGAAAUUGACAGCCUGCCCAACAUCUUAGAAGAAAUAGCCAAAGAAGAUGAGGAAAAAAUGAACAAACGCAUACGACGGACUAUCGCUAAGCAUGAUGUGCUGAAGAUACGUCCUCCUCGUUUGGGAAAGCACAAAUUUGAGGCAGCUCCUGUUCAAGUCCUCUUGAAAGAAGAGAAAGAAGAGAUUAAUGGGUCGCUUCGUAAGCUAAAGGCUUGUUGCACGCUUGCAAGAGAUCGAUUCAAGAGCCUCGAGAAGCGAGGAAUACUUGUUCCGACAAAGCACAUUACAAGGAACUAA